AUGAAAGCUAAACAACAAUGUUACAAAUUCAAUAUAGGCACGUCGGUCUCCACUACAUCCAAAAGUUUUAGCCCCAAAGCGUUUUUGUCGAAAGUACAUCCAAAUGCCAGUUUUAGUGACUUGAAAAUGGGCGGUGAACGGCUACGAGAAAGCCUGGAACAAAGGAGCGAGGCUCUCAAGAUUUUGGUCGAGAGCGAAUUUGAUAGAUUUGUAGCCGUCAAAGCUGCCACUGAAACCGUCUACGAACAGAUGAAGAAUGGACCACUGCGACCUGAGGAAGACUACUCAAUUGGUCCUUUACGGGAAUCUCUGAAGUCUGCUACCAGCAAGGCAGAGCAAGUCUACACGCCAAUCCUCGAAAACCGCAGAAAAGCCGAGAGACUUCGCAGUACCCUUGGUGUAUUCGAACGUAGCAAGUUCUUUUUUAACUUGCCUGGUACACUCAUCGAGGCUAUCGAAGCUGAAAAGUACGACACUGCCUUGCUUGCUUACAAAAGGGGAAGAAACAUGUUAGACUCUAGGCCUGGGCAAGUCCUUAACCUGCCGGCUCCUAGUAAUUCAGAAGAUGGAGCGCAGCACAAACGGAUAUUUGACAAAGUCUGGCUAGAAGUGGAAAAAGUCGUCAAUGUUUUCAAGCUUAAGCUGGGAGAGAAGCUCACUUCCAGUAACGGUCCCAUCGGCGUUGAAGAAAUCGAAAAGACGAUAGAGAUUUUGCUGGAGUUAGAUCCUUUGGAUGACCCAGCAUGGCUGUAUUUCGAGGCCCACCACCGCUCUAUCAUUGAAAAACUCAAGCAAAUAUUUACAUGCGCGACCCAAAAAGUUCGAGAAAUCUUGGCCGAAUUGAACACGGCUCGUGCUAAAGAAGAGCAAUCUGCAAUCGAUAUACGGACUUGCCUCGGUAUUUUAGAUCUUCCGCCUUCAAUUGAGGCUGAAGCAAUUUUAGGACAAGCCUCAGGUAGCCAAGGGUGGAAAGCUUUACUUGAAUUUAUCCGAGUUCCGUCCGAGCUUCUGUCCCGCGAAAUUAUACCGUACUGGAAGAUUGUCAAAGGUUAUAUCGACGGGAAAUAUCAAAGGGUUGGUGGCCGCUCCGAGUGCUUACAACGAUCCACAAGACUGAUAUAUCUUAAUCCGGAGACAUGUAAACAAAUGACAAACGAGAUCAUCACAACCUACGUUCACCUCCUAUCACAGUUUUUCCUUUUUACGUCAGAUCCAAAUUCACCGCUUGGAAAGGCGGCUGGCUCAGCCGUCCCAGAAUUCUUGCCUAGGAACACCAAUUCAAUCACGGCAGGCUAUUAUCUCAAAAAAAUGAUCGAUAGCCUGGUGGACUGGUCAAAUGAAGUGGGUAGCUUGGAGCUUCCAGAAGAGAGUUUGGGGUGCUUGAAAGAGAUGAUCGGUAAUGCUAGGUUCAGAUUUGAAGCAAGUCUUUCCGUAUAUUGGGUCCGAGAUUCAAAAAUAUUCCAUAGAUUGGAGGACUGGACAAGGCCAGAAAAAAAUGAUAAGGAAGAAUAUGUAGCAGGUACAACCAUAUACUUGACCCGACUUUAUACCUUUCAUCGACAUCUUACACAGACAGCUUUCAGGUUGGCUGGUGCUACAGACACCACUGCCAACGCAAUCUUCACGGGCUCCGAAGAGGCUCAAUUGCCCAAUAAAUCAAAAUCAGAGAUCCUGCAAGUCGACUGCGCUAAAAAGGCUCAGUCUGCGUUUUUAGAUGCACUUUAUGGAUUCUUAGACGGCUUAGUUCACGUCGCUUUCACGCCUCCGAAGCCGCUGCCAUCAGUAGAUGAACUCUCAGAUGCUGUUGCGGGGAUUAAAUUCAGCUCGAUGCUAAUGAAAGCUUCGAAAGCUAAUCAAGAUGAUACGCGAGUUCUAUUGACGAUCAGCAAUUUGUCACAUCUACGUACAACUUAUAUCCCCAAACUGUUCAGACAAUUCCAAGUCGCAUUUCGGGUAGAUAUGACAACGGAUACGGCAACUUUGAUGGACGUCAUCGGACAGCUUGACGCACUUUUGCUCGGGGACUAUAUCAAGAGAAAGUCAGUGAUACUUGCGGAUAUCAUCAACGCUGGGGUCCUUCAGGUCGACUGGUUCCUAGCUCCCAAACCGACGGAGGUACAUGCAUUUGUGUAUGAUGCUUUACUUUCACUUGUGCUCGUCCAUGCGCAAGUCUCUGCAAUCGCUGGACCCCCGAACCCGUCUUCUAGUGGCGAUCCAGGUGGAUCAUCCUUGGUAAAGACAGUAUUGUCUGGAUUGAUUGAAGAACUCGCCAACCAAUGUUUAGAGGCUUUUGGAAAUGUAGAAAGAUUUGGCAUGGGUGGAAUGUUACAGGCUACGUUAGAGAUCGAGUUUGUGCAUCAAACUUUGACAGCGUACGUGACACCCGAAGCUGACCAGACUCUGCAAAGUAUCUACAAAAAAAUCAGUCUUGCCUAUCAACGUACACCGAACCUAGAAGGGUCAAACGAGGUACUACAGAAUGAAUUAGAAGCAUUGAAACGAACACUUCAAUCUAGUCGACGGACAACUGCUUUAGCAUUUGUAUGUUUCAAGAAACCGAAAGCACCGUCAAGUGGGACUGCAGUUCCUCCUUCACUGCUCAGUCCUCCAUCGGUAGAUUCGAGUCAAGCUGGUUGA